AUGCACCUCUCAUUCAACGCCGCCGCCAUGGCCACCAUCUUCUUGGUCGCGCACGCCGCCGCUGUCGCAACGCAAGGAACCCGGGCAACAUGCGGCAGCGGCAACCUGGAUCUGUCUAAAUGGAAACUCCAGCUUCCCACAGGCACCCCGGGCCACCCCACGGAGAUCUCGCCCUCGGAGCUCUGCGACGGCUACUCGAGCGAAUUCUUCUACAUGCAAGACGACGCGCUCGUCAUGAAGGUGCCCGGAGGGCCCUCGUCUGGCAAGUGCGUCACCACGCCCAACAGCAAGCACUGCCGCACCGAACUCCGCGAGGUCAAGCCCGCCUCCUGGAACCCCAGAGCCAAGACGAACCGCCUGGUUGGCGAGCUCAAGGUCACCCAGAACGACGGAGAGAUUUGCAUCGGCCAGAUCCACAUUGACGAUUCCAUCUCGACCAAGCCCGUCGCGGAGCUAUACUACAACGCCAGGGGAGGUUUGUCCAUGGGCGUCAACACGUGCCGGACAUGCACCCAGAAACGCACCCCGAUUGACAACGUGCCCAAGGGUCAGCGAUUCAGCUACGAGAUUCGCUACGAGGGCAACAAGCUGUCUGUCAGCAUCAACGGCAAGGCCUUCAAGACGCUGAGCACCUACAACUUGGAUGCUCCCAAGAGCUACUUCAAGGCGGGCAACUACAACCAAAAGGAUGUUCCUACCACGGUUCAGUUCUACAAGAUUCAGACUAGCCAUUCUUCACAUGUCGUUGACGGGACUCGCCACGGCCUGUUUAGGGGUUAG